GAAACACCACCUCAUGGGAUUUGUAUGUUUGGCCAAUGUUCAUGCAUCUUACCCUGGGAAGGAGAGUCCUGUCAAGAUAUUGUUAUUGCGCCAUUGUUUAAGGAGAUCAAUUUCACAUACGCCAAUGAAGGAGAGAGAUAUGAAGUUCAAAUGGAAAUAAUUCAGGGAACUACACCAGUAACGUGGCAGCUGUUGAACGGGCCUCAAGGACUGUCUCUUGAUCCAAGGUCCGGUCUAUUAAUUUGGCCAAGAACCGUAGCUCAAAAAUAUCCUUAUGUUGUUCAAUUGAGAGUAGAAAAUGCGGUUGGCUCAGAUGAGAACACAUUUACGCUAAGCGUUCCAUUAAGCUACAACGCAACAGUGACGUCAUUGUCUGUCACUGGAGUUCUAUCACAUCCGGUGGAAGUCUACAUUUAUGGACAUGUCAGCCUCUUUAAGGGCGGAUGGGAGGAUAAAAGAGGGGCGGUGAUGGUGCAUAUUUGUGUUAAGAACAAAGAUACAGUACGUAAACUGACAGCAAUCACUAAUUCGCAAGAUGGCGGGCGUUUUGAAGCCAUCUACUACCCAAACCCAGCGGACAGUGGUUUAUUUGAAGUGGAUGCAAGGCACCCGUCCGAUGAUUAUUGUGGCUCGCAGGCACAAUGGACAGUACUUGGAAUGCAAGUGCGGCCUGCAAAUGGAUUCCAUAGACUAUUUCUAGAUGACAGCAAGUUGCCUCAAGUGGCCAAGCUGAUUAAUACAGGAUCAAUGCCUUUAUAUAACAUUUCAGUUCAGCUGAUAGGAUUUGGGCCACCUCUUAAGAGACUCGAAGUCAAACCGAGCAACGGUACCAUUGUCAAUAGAAUAUUCCUAUCUUCGCUAGCCCCUGGUGAAAAUAUACCAUUUGAUAUUGAACUAGAUGCCAAUAGCUCUCUUCGAGGGAACAUUGGUAUUGUAUUUACAUCCGACACUGGGACAGUUGCCGUUUUCUGGUUAAAUUUAAGACUUGAUGUUAGAACGCCAUUGCUUAGGGCAACUCCAAACUUCCUCUCUGCAAG